UAUGUUCGAAUACUAAAUAUGGUGGUGGAGACGACAGGGGACUUUGUGAUAGGGAAAUAGACAUGUACUCUUUUACGAACUUAAAAGUUCUUGUCAUGACACAUUUUGUAACGAAAUUUUAUGGUUCUCAGUAGCUGUCUUCCAGUUUAUAAUCAGUUCUAGAGCAAUUGAAGAACUCUUUUUGAUCUAUUCCGUGGAAUUUCAAAGAUGUCGUCUGGCUAUGCAAGUCGUUCUGGUUCUAGGGCAGUUCGACGUUCAGCAGAAUGAAGAUUACCAAAAAACAAGUUAUGGUUUAUUUUACGAAGAACUCAAAUAUUCAAAUGAAUUUGAUGACAAUGUACACAAACCUUUAAAAUUAAGAAGAAGUAAUGGAGAAUAAUGAUGAGAGUGAAGAUAAGGAUGACACUAAAAGGAAAUCAAGGAAUGCAAGUGAAAAGAAGAGGCGUGAUCUAUUCAAUUCUUUAAUAAAUGAGUUAGCAGCCAUGGUAAACAGUCCAGCCCGUAAAAUGGACAAAUCUUCAGUUUUGAAAAAUACUAUAGGUUAUUUGAAAAGCUACAAUGAUCGUAAAGAGCGCUCUAAAGAAAAUGAAUUACACAUAGCCUACAAACCUGAUUUUCUUACAAAUGAAGAGUAUACUCACAUAGUUUUGGAGGCCGUAUGUGGAUUUUAUAUAGUGUUUUCCUCUUCUGGAAAAAUUAUUUAUGUGUCAGAAAGUGUUGCAACACUUCUAGGUCAUCAUCCUAACAGUCUCCUGAACAAGCAAGUGUAUGACUUUGUUUCUGAACAUGAUCGAGAACGUCUAUACAACAUGUUUUUGAAUCCUGUCACAAGUGUUCUAUAUGAGCACAGACAAGACAAUGAAAUAUCAUUCCUCUGCUACUUCAAGCGGCAAAAUAACUUAUCAGAUGAAGUCUUGUAUGAACUAGUCAGAUUUACCGGAUAUUUCCGAGCAGACAUGGAGUGUCUUCAGGUUGAAAGUAGUGAAAACCGCUAUGGUGGCUAUGAUUCUGGAGAAGCCAAUGACACUAGAUUAUUAUUUGUGGGAACUGGUCGCUUAGUGACUCCUCAAAUUGCAAGAGAGAUUGUCAUACUAGACAAUGGGAAAAAUGAGUUUACAUCAAGAUACAGUCUGCAAUGGAAGUACAUUUUUCUGGAUCAUAGGGCUACUCCUAUUAUUGGCUACAGGCCCUUUGAGAUACUGGGCACCUCAGGGUACGAUUACUACCACAUGGAUGACCUAGAUAAUCUUCUCUCUUGUCAUCUACAUUUGAUGCUGAAGGGUGAGGGUACCUCAUGUUACUAUCGGUUCUUGACAAAGGGUCAAGAGUACAUAUGGCUUCAGAGCCGCUUCUUCAUCACAUAUCAUCAGUGGACAUCCAAGCCUCAGUUCGUUGUCUGCUCCCACAAAGUCAUCAGCCAUGCAAACGUGUUAAAGUUCCUGCAGAAGGAACAACAAUCGACUCAGAAUACAGAGUCCCAGUACUCGAAGCAUGCAUUGCAACGACAAUCUUCUCCUUGGCCCUCCAGAUCUCCAGGGAGUAAGAGUUCACACAGUGAGGUGAAUGUGAAGUUGUUCCCCAGCCAGAAGGCAGAGUCCGACACGUCAAUGUCCGUUGACUCUGUCCCCUCUAGGAACCCAACUCACACAUCAACUCAAAAUGUGAAAUCACGAUGUGUAACCACCCCUACGGGUCCCCCCAGAAAGGUGGCUGUAAUGUCGGAGUUCGUAGAGCCUCCUGUCACGUAUCCUGUAGCUAUUCCUCUUCAGCCCCUAGCUUUUGCAGCGUCCAGUUCCAUCGUCACCACUGUUGCUCCUGAGGUGGCAGUGAGACAGCCUGUGGUAAUGAGUUCGAGCCAGACUCAGAUACAAGAUGAAUUGCAGAAGAAGCACCAGCAGCUUCAGCAAAUGAUAGUGCAACAACAGGAGGAGCUCAGGAAAGUUUCAGAGCAAUUGAUCAUGGCACGAUUUGGACUGCUCUCACCUAUACUAAAUGUGAAUGUACCUGUGUCGUACACUAUGCCUGUGGCUGCCCCUCACCUCUCUGUGCCGGCCCCUCACCUGUCUGUGCCGGCCUCUCAUCUGUCUGUGCCGACCUCUCAUUUGCCUGUGACGGCCUCUCAUCUGCCUGUGACGGCCUCUCACCUGCCUGUGACGGCUUCUCAUUUGCCUGUGUCGGCCCCUUCAGCAGCUGAGCUGUUUGUACCAGCCCACACGACACAGCGGUCUCACAUCACGUUAGAUCCUCACCAGGUGAAUUACCACCAGCAGUCUCAGACCACAGGUGAAUCGUUACCAUUCCAGUUUUCCCAGCAACAAGCACAACAGUACCUUUUCUCCCAGAGCAUGGACUCCCCAAACUCCACACGGCACAGUCAGUAAAGGCAGUAGGCCUGUGCGAAUUUUAUUCCAGUUAGUACAAUCCCCCUUGAAUUGCAAUAUUCUUAAUUCUGUCUCUUUGGUUUUUAUCAUGCCCAAGGUUUAAAAAAAUUUUUUGUGAUUGAUAGUCAGGAUCAGAGAGAUUGGAUUCAUUUUGUUCACAUGAGCAAAACCUUGUAGUGUUGUGCAUAUGUUUUACAGUUAUGGAGGGUUUAUAGUAAUCCUUAUAAAGAAAUGUUAUUAUGUUAUUUAAACAUUUUAAACUUUCUAUACUCAUGGAACUAAAGUAGAAAAUAUAAUAAGAUUUGUAAUGUAGAUGUUUUUAUAAAAUGUAAUUUUAAAGUA